UAGCGUCUAGACCGCCGGCGUUCCCUAGCAUCCCGUUCCGGGUUCAGGCUCCGGGUCUGGAGAGCGGCGGAGCGCCGCGGCCGGGGUCCAGGCAGGGCUGGGCCGCUUAUUGCCUCGCAUGUGCAGCGGCGGCAGCAGGCGGUAGCCAGGCCCGCGGACGAAGUGGGCACGGCCCGGUGCGGGGCGCCGUCGGCCGGCUGCCGGCCGGCAUUAAACAGGCGCGAUGUUAUUCUCACUGCGGGAGCUGGUGCAGUGGCUGGGCUUCGCCACCUUUGAGAUCUUUGUGCACCUGCUGGCCCUGUUGGUGUUUUCUGUGCUUUUGGCACUACGAGUGGACGGCUUGGCCCCGGGCCUCUCCUGGUGGAACGUAUUUGUGCCCUUUUUCGCCGCCGACGGGCUCAGCACCUACUUCACCACCAUCGUGUCGGUGCGCCUCUUCCAAGAUGGGGAGAAACGACUGGCUGUACUGCGCCUCUUCUGGGUUCUCACAGUCCUCAGCCUCAAGUUUGUCUUUGAGAUGCUGCUGUGCCAGAAGCUGGUGGAUCAAACUCGAGAGCUCUGGUUCGGCCUGAUCACGUCUCCGGUCUUCAUUCUCCUGCAGCUGCUCAUGAUCCGGGCUUGUCGCGUCAACUAGCCUCGUGCAGGGGCUGGAAAUGGAGCACUGCGCAGCUGGAGUGCUAGAUCUCCCCAUCCAGAUCCUACUUGGCAACACUGGAGGAGCUUUGGUCAGAAAUCAGUGUCUGCUUGUGCCCAGUUUACUGUCCAGUUUUUCCUAUUUCUAAGAUUGUUUCCUCAGCAAAACUUAAAAGUGAAGCCUCGAUUAUUAAAAUUCAUUUCCUGUUAUUUAUGCGCUGAGUUGCCAGACAAUACUGAACUUUUCUGACAUUUGGAAACUGCAUAUAAGUAAAAUAUCCUGAUAGGCCCUGAAAAUUUCCCGUGGUGAUGUGCCCGUUUGUAAAUCAGCUUGUUGGUUCAGCAGCACUGACCUCAGAGCUUACCCCUCCGUCGGUCCAGGCCAGACUUCUCUAUACGAUUGAUGAUGUCACAGAGCUUGCAACACUUUUCUGUGUCCUGGGGAAGAUUAGCCUUUUCUUCACUCCAUCCCACAUAGAGACUGUUGAAAAAAGACAUGAGUAGGACCUUGUGUGAUUAUCUGCAGUCUGAGAAAAAACUCUGGCCUCCAGACAUUGCUUGAUUUCCUGGCCCAACAGAUUGCAGUUUCACGGAGUUUCCCACCACCUUGUGGCAGGCAUCAUUAGUACACCUGAGACAGACAGACAGACCUCCCAAAGGGACCAAAGACAGGAAUAGGUGCCCACAUGCUCGUGGAAAUGGAUACUUGCACAUAAGAGCUUGUGAACAGCUUGAGUUUAUUGACCUAAGGUCUUUGAUUUUAUGUCAGUUGUGCCAAAUGAUACCAUUUUGCUGAGAUGGAAAAAAAAUGUUUCUUGAAAUCAACAAUAUAUACCUAGACAUCUCAA